AUGGAUAAGCUUAAUGUAAACAUGGGUAUUUCUAGAGAUUCACGUCACAAAAGAAGCGCCACUGGUGCCAAGAGAGCUCAAUUCAGAAAGAAGAGAAAGUUCGAAUUAGGUAGACAAUCAGCCAACACCAAGAUUGGAUCAAAGAGAAUCCACACCGUUAGAACCAGAGGUGGUAACCAAAAGUUCAGAGCUUUAAGAAUUGAAACCGGUAACUUUUCAUGGGCCUCCGAAGGUGUUUCAAGAAAGACCAGAAUUGCUGGUGUCGUUUACCAUCCAUCCAAUAACGAGUUGGUCAGAACCAACACCUUGACCAAGUCCGCUGUUGUCCAAAUUGAUGCUACUCCAUUCAGACAAUGGUACGAAAACCACUAUGGUGGAACUUUGGGUAAGAAGAAGAACCAACCAGUUGCCUCCGACGUAGCUGAUGUCAAGAAGUCCAGAAAAUUGGAGAGAAAAUUGGCUAGCAGAUCCGGUAACGCUACUAUUGAAUCCGCUGUUGACUCACAAUUCGGUGCCGGUAGAUUGUACGCUGUUAUCUCAUCAAGACCAGGUCAAUCUGGAAGAUGUGAUGGUUACAUCUUGGAAGGUGAAGAAUUAGCUUUCUACUUGAGAAGAUUGACUGCUAAGAAAUAA